UAUUUCUUGCAAAAUUGUUGAUAUAAGAAAAAGUUUAAGAAAAAUGUUUCUGGUAGUAAUUUAGCAAUAUGACCCCUCCCCUAUAAGAGAAAAUUUGAUUAUAUACCGCUGACCAUACUUUGUAAUUCAAACAUUCAAGAUGGCCACCAAAUGUUUUUCAAACCCGGGUUUUCAAAGCGCUAGGAAAUACACUCAAGAAGACUAUGUAUUGUAAGAAGAUGUGUUAAUUACUUAUGUCUGACUUAUGUAGAUGAUUCUGUUAUUAAUUUGCUGUGCUGAAAUACGGAGGAAUCCCCAUGGAUCCCAUGAAUACUUGCUUUGUUUUAAUUCUACCAGACGAGUUGUGGGUGAAGAUCUUCCAAUGUUUCCACCCUGUGUAUGAGGACCUCUUUGCCAUCGCUUGUGUUUGUAAGAAGUGGAGAAACUUGAUUAUCACGAACCCUGAUCCUCAACUAUGGGAUCGUGUCGAAAUACGAAAUAUCACAAGAUGUUACUUAGAUUCUGCUUUCCUCAGAAGGUUUAAUUGCGUAUUAAGAUCGAUGGGAAAACAUAUCCGUGUUUUAAAAAUGCACCAUUGUAAUUAUUAUUUCAUGGAUGUUCUGUUGCGAAAUUGUAGGAAUCUGGACUCGCUACAAGAAAUUGAAGUUACUGGUAUGGCAUGGAAUGGAAACCUCAUAGAAGAACUGCGUUUUUGCAGUAAAACUUUAAGUAGUAUUAAUCUUGAAGCUUGCAAAUUCAAAGGGGAUGCGCUAGGCACCUUCACAAAAACACAUCUAGACACUUUAGUGGAUAAUUUCAAAGAGUUAAAGAAGUUAGGUUUGAGAUAUACAAGGUUUGAUAAUCAAACAUUAACGUUCUUACAAGACUUGUUACAGUCUCCACAUAAUGUCCGAAUCACACACUUGAGUGUUGAAAGGUCACAAGUUGGACCUUUUGAAUUGAAUGAAAUUGUCAGUGGCUUUCUAUGUCUUGAGGAAUUUUCAUAUGGAAAUGAUCAGAUUUAUGGUAUACCUUCAACACAGUUACUGACUUUAAGCUCAACAUCCUUGAGAGAAGUAAAACUUUAUCAAGUUGGAGACUUCAAACAUCUAGCUCUGAAUCUACCAGGGCUUUACAAAGUAACCAUUGAUGCUUCAACAUCUUUUCAAAGCAUUGAGAUCAAUUCACCUUCCCUGAGAAUUUUAGACAUAACCAGAUGUUUUGAACUCAGAAAAUUCAAAGGAAUUCUCCCAAGUUGUUUACGUAAAUUGAGGAUUCUAGACUGUCCAGCUUUUCCAUUCAACAAGAUUCUCUGUUUGCUGACCCAAAACCCGGAUAUCAAAAUACUAGAUAUCCAACCAAAGACUCCUAGCUUUCGACUUGAUCAAUUUUCAUGUCCAUCUGUAGAGUGCCUAACUUUGCUUGAUAAUGGGGAAGGUUUACUGACCAUGGAUGUAUCUUGUCCAAAACUUUCGUCUUUCACUCUCAAGUCCAUAAGAAGAACUUCACAGGCAAAGUCAAUCACACUGACUACAGGUUUUCUUGAAAAGUUUGUUUUGCAGGAGGUAGUGGCUUUAAGGAAUGUCAUUCUGAAUGUCAACAGUGUGAAGUACUUUGAGAUUGAUUUUGCAAGGAGGAUUGAUCAAAUGAAACCAAAAUGUUAUACCCAAAUUUUUAACAGAAACUUGACCAUCCACAGGCUUUGCGUCAAAAGAUGCAACCUUGAGUCAGUCAACCUAAAAGACUGCAAAGUGAAGCAAGUUUUCCUUAAGAACUGCAACCUUGGUAUAUCGAUGAGCCAAUUUCUGGGUUCUUGCUCUGGUUUGGAAAGUCUUUCACUUUAUAACUGCUAUGGACCUUGUAGAUUAUCCUUAGCUAAUGAUUCUCUCAAAAGCCUAAAUCUUUCCUCAUCCCAUACAAUUAUGGAAACAUUGCAUAAAAUGCCUAAGCCUGAAAGAGCUGACAGCCAAUGGCAUGACUUUACUUCCCAGUCAAAAAGAGAUUGAAGAAACUGUUAACAAACUCAAGCGAGUGUGCCCUUUACUCAAACAUGUGAGAUAUUUAAACAAGAUUAGGAGUGCCAUGAAGCGUGUCUGUGUUUGUUUGCCUGGAAAACAUAAUUAUAACCAUGCAAAAAAUAAAAUGUACAUUAUUUAGCA